UCACGUUGGCUCCACAACUCCGGUUUGAGCCAGUAUAGCGGUUGCAGCGGAUUGCAGCGGACUGUAGUCAAGAUGUUGCGCGUCGGAAAAGCUCUUUUCCUGGUGAUCAACAUAGCAGUUCUUGGGCUUUGUGCUGCUGACCCGACAUGGAAUGCAAUUGACGGCCGGUUGAAGUUCGUGUCGGUUGGAUCCAAGGGAGUCUGGGGAGUUAAUAGUAACGACGACAUCUAUUACCGCUCGGGAACCCAGGAGAACGGAGGGUCUUCAGGCAGCGGCUGGGAGCACAUCGCGGGUAAACUGAAGCAGAUCUCGUCAGGACACUCCGUCUGGGGCGUCAACGCCAACGAUGAUAUUUUCAUACGACAAGGAGUAACAGCCAGUAGCCCUACAGGAACCAGCUGGCUCAAUGUUGUAGGAAAGCUGAAGCAACUGGACGUCAGCUCCACAGCUAACCAGGUGUGGGGCGUCAACUCGAACGACAACAUCUACCGACGGACUGGCAUCAGUACUGAAGAACCCGCUGGUACAAAUUGGGAACAGAUCGAUGGCUUGCUGAAGCAUGUGUCGGUUGGUCCGGCUGGUGUUUGGGGUGUGAACGCGAAUGACGACAUCUUCUACCGUACGGGGACAUUCGGUAAUGAGGCGUCUGCAGGCAGUGGUUGGGAGCACAUUGCCGGGAAACUAAAGCAGAUUUCAUCAGGAGACAACAUCGUAUGGGGAGUCAACGUCAACGACGACAUCUUUAUCAGAGAAGGGAUAAGCUCGAGCACUCCGGCUGGAACUGGUUGGCGGCAGAUUCCAGGAAAACUCAAGCAGGUCGAGGCAAGUCCAGAAAGCCAGCAGGCGUGGGGUGUCAAUUCUGGAGACUUAAUUUACCACCGUACAAGCCCACCUACGACUGACCCAUCAGGUCGCCCAACAUGGAAUGCAAUUGACGGCCGGUUGAAGUUCGUGUCGGUUGGAUCCAAGGGAGUCUGGGGAGUUAAUAGUAACGACGACAUCUUCUACCGCACGGGAACCCAGGAGAACGGACAGUCUUCAGGCAGCGGCUGGGAGAACAUCGCCGGUAAACUGAAGCAGAUCUCUUCAGGACACUCCGUCUGGGGCGUCAACGCUAACGAUGAUAUUUUCAUACGACAAGGUGUAACAGCCAGUAGCCCUACAGGAACCAGCUGGCUCAAUGUUGAAGGAAAGCUGAAGCAACUGGACGUGAGCUCCACCGCUAACCAGGUGUGGGGCGUCAACUCGAACGACAACAUCUACCGAAGGACUGGCAUCAGUACUGAUAAUCCCGCUGGUACAAGUUGGGAACAGCUCGACGGCUUGCUGAAGUUUGUGUCGGUUGGUCCGGCUGGUGUUUGGGGUGUGAACGCGAAUGACGACAUCUUCUACCGUACGGGGACCUUCGGUAACGAGGCGUCUGCAGGCAGCGGUUGGGAGAACAUCGAGGGGAAACUGAAGCAGAUUUCAUCGGGAGACAACAUCGUCUGGGGAGUCAACGUUAACGACGACAUCUUUAUCAGAGAAGGAAUAAGCUCAAGUAACCCUACCGGAACUGGUUGGCGCAAGAUUCCUGGAAAACUAAAGCAAAUUGAGGCUAGUUCAAGUGGCCAGCAGGCGUGGGGUGUCAACUCAGGAGACUUAAUUUUCCAACGCAACCUCAAUGCCAGGCGGCUCCCUUCAGGUCUUCAGCUGACCACCAUCGAUGGCUACUCCGUCCGUGCGGGAGACUGUCCAGGUAACGACAUCUGGUCCAUCUAUGGAGACGGCAUCACGCUGCAGCACUGUGCAGACAGGUGUGCGAGUCAUCCCGACUGUGUCUCCUUCAUGUUCCACGACAACAAGCGGUGCUUCCCGAAGACUAAGACUUGCACAGAUACAACCAAGGACAACCCGAAGAACGUAUUUUAUGACAAAGAACUUGCUGCUCAACAAUUAUUGGAGGCGGAGGGAUACAAUGUUCGUGUUGGUGACUGCCCUGGGAACGACAUCUGGUCCAUCUAUGGGGACGGGAUCACUCUAGAAGACUGUGCCGAACGCUGCACGAGUCACCCCGACUGUGUCGCCUUCAUGUUCUUCGACAACAAGCGGUGCUUCCCCAAGACGAAAACUUGCAAGGACACCAGCAAGGACAACCCGAAGAACGUGUUCUACGACAAAAAGAUCGACCCUCCACCAGUCGCCAGUGGUUUCACAGCACGCCGAGGGGACUGCCCUGGGAACGACAUCUGGUCCAUCUAUGGGGACGGGAUCACUCUAGAAGACUGCGCUGAACGCUGUACGAGUCACCCCGAAUGUGUCGCCUUCAUGUUUCACGACAACAAGCGGUGCUUCCCGAAGACUAAAACGUGCAAAGACACGACCAAGGACAACCCGAAGAACGUGUUCUACGACAAAGAAAUCGAGCGUCCACCGCCAGUCAACGGUUUCUCGGUACGCCGAGGCGACUGCCCUGGGAACGAUAUCUGGUCCAUCUAUGGAGACGGGAUCACUCUACAGGACUGUGCGGACAGAUGUGCGAGUCACCCCGACUGUGUCUCCUUCAUGUUCUUCAACAACAAGCGGUGCUUCCCGAAGACUAAGACUUGCAAAGACACCAGCAAUGACAAUCCAAAGAACGUAUUUUAUGACAAAGACAUCGUGUUGAUGACGGCAUCUUCCCAGCGUGGGCCCGGUUUUUCUGCCACCAACUCUGAACUCGACCUGCAAGAAACGUCCACAACUGCCGGAGCCUGGUCAGCACAGAGACCCUGGCUCAUGUUCGACUUCGGACGGCCAAAGAAAGUGACCAGCGUGGUCACCCAAGGCCGGAGCUACAGUCCGGACUGGCCGGGGGAUAGCCACUCGGAGUGGGUGACGUCUUACAGCAUCUCAUUUGGGAACGAGAGCGGAGACGACGCGUGGUACUUUGGGAACGACGGAGAAAUUGUUGUCUUCGAAGGAAACACUGACCGGGAUUCCAAGGUGCGCCACGACCUCUCUGAAUUCAGCGGCCCCAUCACCGCGAGAUAUGUGAAGAUCCACCCGCGGACCUGGCAUGGCUGGGUGUCCAUGAGAGCCGAACUCGGCACAGAUCCAUAUUCGGACGUUUAAUCUGGCUACUUCACCAACCGGACAGACCAGGAUGUGUCAUCCACAUAAUCCGAUGUUAAUCGAAAAUGCUAGUAGUUUGAAUAUAUGCAUAUGAUAUCAUGAAGCAUAUUCUGUAGAUAUGUUUUCCGCUUUUGAGUUAACAUGUUACGAUCAUCUUUUUUUCACUUUAUUGUAUGCCAAAUAUGUGCGUAAUAAACUUGCAAAUGAUC